AUGGCUACAGAGUUUCUGAUGGAGCUGCUUCCUUCGGACCCGCUGCUGCACAUAUUGUCUUUCCUUGACUUCAGAGAUUUGAUCCACAUCAGUUCCACUAACAGGAGGCUGAAUGAGUUGUCCAAACACAAUCCGCUGUGGAGGUCGCUGUGCUUCAAACACUGGCUGAUCAAAGAUGAGGAGCGGCUGCAGAGUGGGCGGUCCUGGUAUGAGCUCUUCAAGAAGUACUACGCUGACCUGGGCCGUUACAUCCAGCACUAUUCGGUUUUAAAACGAGCAUGGGAACAGCUAACCAAUUUCCUGCGGCAGAGUUGUCCGCGCAUGAUUGCAUCGCUGAAAGAAGGGGCCACAGAGGCAGAGCUGAGCAACAUUGAGGCUCAGAUUGGAUGUCGCCUUCCGGACGACUAUCGUUGCUCAUACCGCAUCCACAAUGGCCAGAUGCUGGUGAUCCCCGGGCUGAUGGGCAGUAUGUCGCUGUCAAAUCACUACCGCUCGGAAGUGCUGCUCGACGUGGAGACGGCGGCAGGAGGUUUCCAGCUGAGAAAAGGGAUGAGACGUUGCCUCCCGCUUACCUUCUGCUUCCACACGGGCCUCAGCCAAUACAUGGCCCUGGAACACACCGAAGGGCGACGCAUGUUUGAGAGCUUCUACCCCUGCCCCGAUCAGACAGCCCAGGAUCCCUCUGCCGUAGACAUGUUCAUCACAGGUUCUUCCUUUUUAGAGUGGUUCACCACCUACGUCAACAACGUGGUUACAGGAGAGUACCCGAUCAUCCGAGACCAGAUAUUCAGGUACGUGCACGAUAAAAGCUGUGUGACGACCACCGGGGACAUCACCGUAUCCGUUUCUACCUCCUUCCUGCCCGAGCUAUCUUCAGUUCACCCGCCACACUUUUUCUUCACUUACCGUAUCAGAAUCGAGAUGUCGAACAGCGCACCACCCGAGGUGGCCUGCCAACUUGACAGCCGCUACUGGAAAAUCACCACUUCUGACGGCAACGUGGAGGAGGUGCAAGGGCCAGGCGUGGUUGGAGAGUUUCCAGUCAUGACGCCAGGAAAAGUCCACGAGUAUGCCAGCUGCACGACCUUCUCUACACCAUCAGAGUACAUGGAAGGACACUACACCUUCCACAGACUUGACAACAAGGAAGUGUUCAAUGUAGCAAUUCCCCGCUUCCAGAUGGUGUGUCCGCCAUUCAGAGAGCCCAUUUUGCGGACGGAGUCCAGCGAUUACACGUCAGGCUUCAACGAUGGCGACGACAGCGAUUGCGGCAACGGCGAUGAAGACGACUACAACAGUCUGAGGGGAAUCAACAUGGCCGCCUUGGAAGGAGCGUGGUGCCACCGGCACAUCUGA